AUGAGUGCAGCUGAUCUCUUGGAAAAUGAUUUAAGAGCUCUUGCAAAUGAAGCUAAAAAGCGUCAAUCAGGCAUAAAAGAAACUGUUGAGCGUGCAAUAGGAGCUCUCCGCCAAUCACCUAAUGUCCCAAUCGACCCAAUUUUAAAAGCAAUUGAAUCUGUACGAGGGUCAGCUUUACCCAAGUUGCAAGUCCAAGCAAUCGGAAUCCUUCAAAGACUGCUAAAUUUUCAAAUCCUUGACAGCAUCUCAAUCCUCUCUGCAUUAGAAUUCCUCUCCAAUGUAGGCCAAGAGACUUCUGAUGAGUCAGUUCAACUCCGAACUUUGCAGACCCUUAUGCUUGUUUUAAAUCCUCAACAUAUAAUUUUGACUGAAGAUUUAUGCCUUUUUGAUUUUUAUUCAUAAAUUUAUUAUACUAUUGAAAAAAAUUCUUAUUUAGCGCAAAAAGUAAGCUCUUUCAGGUUAAAUUUAAACUAAAAUAAAUUUUUUAUAAUAAUUUGCUAUUAAGAUCGUGUUUUAGUCUUUAAAUAUAUCAUCAAUUUACUACUGCAUAUAAUUUCCAACAUAUGAAAACUCUGUAUAGUCUUAGAAAAUUCCCGAUCAAACCUGGUCAAAAAUACAGCAUCUGCCACAUUGCGACAAUUAAUCAACGUUUCCUUUGAUAAGCUAACACUCUGUGCUUCAGCCUCACAAGAAGAAAGAAAAGAAAGCUUUGAGACAAAAUCAAUAUUUGAAAGCUCAUUAAAGUUAUUCAGAAAUAUCACAGAAUUAGCAGGAGGAAGCCAUAAACUUUGAAAUGGAGACCCUCAAAAAAUGAGAAGUGAAGGAAUUGGCCUGAUGGUCGGAGUUUUGGAGUUUUCUAAAGAAUCAUUUAAAAAACUGCCAGAAUUUUUGAAGAUUUUGGAACAUGUUUCAGGUAGCUGGCUUCAAAAUUAUUUAGUUGAAGAUAUUGACGAAAGCAUUGGAGGGAAAAGUAUCAGAUGUGCCGUAUUAGUCGUAGAUAUAACAGGGCAAGGCUUUGAUAUGAUAGGAUCUAUUGCAAAGCUGGCUGAAAACAGAAGGAUUCAAGAGUGGCAGCAAUUAGCAUGCUUAGAAGCUUUAUCAAAUAUAACAAGCAAUGCAAGUUUAUUGAAAAAAAUAUUCGAGCAAGGUAAUUUGUAUACAAAAAUCCUUGACACGUUGAGCAGAGUCAGCCAUGAAACUUUUGCUAGAAAUAAUGACCCAAAUUUGUCUGGAAAUUUGAAAGCGAAAAUAAAGCUUAUUGCUGAUAUCACUAAUAAGUGGGUGGAUUCCCUAUCAAUGCUAACAGAAAAAAGUGGGGUUACCUUAGGAGAAAUGACUCAGUUUCCCUUGCUUCCUGAACAAAUCAUUGUAGAAGGAAUGCUAUCUGCAUUAUGAAAACCACUAUUGCCUAUACUAAGUAUUAUGGUCUCUAACUGUACAGAUGAGUCAUUAUUGCAGCUAAUGCUUAACAGCUAUCAGUCUCUUAUCAACAUCUCAGGGACUUUAAACCUUUCUCAAGCUAGAGAAGCCUUUUUAGCUUCACUUUCUCAAUUUUGUUUGCCAGCUCCAAACACCCCACUGUCUUUUAAAAACAUUUACACAUGCAAAACUCUAUUUAAUAUAACUCACUGCCUCGGCUGCAUUUUAGACGUAAAAGCGUGGCAUCGAGUCCUAGAUACUCUGCAUAAGCUUGACUUUAUAUUAAAUACCUCCACUAAGUCAGACGACGCAAACCACACCAGUGAUAUACAAAUUUUAGGCUCAGCCUUAGAAAGUUUGUUUUCCAAUACCCACAUUUGGCCAGAUUCCACACUUUUAGACCUUGUUUCAGCGCUUGGACAAUUGACAUUGGAGUUUAUGGAAACAUUAGCGACAUCUGAGAAAAAAUUAAACGGGAUGAAAGUUUUUGGCUUGGAAAAAAUGAUUGUGGUCGCACAGACAAAUUUAAAUAGAAUUACUUUAUUUUGGGAAAAUCUUGCUGCAUAUUUAGACUGCAUUUGCAAUUCAAAGUAUGCUGAUAUUAGAGUUAUGGGCAUUAAUUCACUAUCAAGAAUUCUUAUAAAGGUCUUUAAGCAUUUCGUAGACUAUCCUCCACCGCCAGAGCUAGAAAAAUGGAAAAACUGGCAGAGAACGCUUUUCCUCAGCUUACAUGAUCUUUCAGGCUCUGGUUUUGCAGACACCCAAGAAGCAGUUUUUCAAGCCCUUUUUAGUAUUUUGCAGUCCUGUGGAGGCCAACUUGACAAAACUGGCUGGGGGAUGCUACUUUUUAUCCUAUCAAGACUUGAUGUAAACACCCAAGCUGCAAUAGGCUUUAAAUGUUUGCAGCUUAUUGUAAACGAUUUCUUGCAGAACGAAAAUCUUCUGCCUUCCUUAGAAAAGCUUAUUUCUUGUAUAUCAAAAUUUGCAUACCAGUCUGGAGAUAUAAACCAAGCUAUUUCUGCUGUAGGGAUGUAUUGAAAUGUUGCAGAUUAUUUAGGAAGGGUUGGUAGAGACGAAGAAAACUUGUGGUGGCUUAUAUUAGGAGAGCUUAAAGUACUUGGUGAAGAUUCCAGGCCUGAGGUGAGGCAUUCCGCUAUUCAUUCUUUACAUGUAGCAUUAACUACGCAUGGAGCUUGUCUAUCGUCGACUGCAUGGCAGCGGCUGAUGCAUGAUAUUAUUUUAAGCCUUUUACAAAGGAUUUCUACUACUUACUUUCAACACGCUACAAUUACCCAAGAAGUCCCUAUUCUUGAACAGCCUGCAUUUGGUACCACAAAAGAUGGAGCUGAGCAGCCUUCACGACCUGGCAAGAAAAAGCUGCAAAUUGCUAUCCCUACAGACCUAGCCCAUCCUAUAGUUAGUGAAACCCCUAAAUUUGCAGGAAAAAGUGAAAAUCAGUUAUUAAAAGGUGAUAAAAUCAUUGUCCAUCAUUCAAGAGACACAUUAGAAAAACAAUGAGAAGAAACCUACCAUAUUUUCACCCAAAAUCUUGGAAAACUAUUCAGAACCUAUCUAGCGAAUUUAGAAAGAAAUGAAGAAAAAGUGCUAGAGCAGGCCAGCGUCAAAAAAAAUUGGGACGUGCUUAUAUUAAGGCUUAAAGAAGGAAUCCAUAAUGGGACAACCAAUAUAAUAACAGCUGUGCUAAAAGCUGUAAGAGAACUCCUAAGCUGCAGCAAAGUAAGCGAACUAUUUUUCGCCAAAUGAAGCUCCAGCUGAGAAAUCUUUACAACUUUGUCAAACAGGCUUCAGGUUUCUAAAAUAAAUAUCCCUACAAAAUUAAUUUCCAUUAUCCUUGAAGAUUUAACACAAAUUUAUUCGUCAAAAAGCCAAGAACCUUUCCAAGAAAAAUGCUUGACAAAUUUAUUUAUUUUAUUAAAUUCUUUACUAGAAGCCAGCAAAUUUGAAGCCACUUUGUCAAACUGUAGGCUGCUGCCUGAGCAGCGAGAAGUUUUUGAUUUUAUUGAUAAAUUAUCAGAAACUUUAAUAGUGAAUGAUAUCUCUUUGACGUCUUAUUUGUAUUUUAUACUGAGGUUCUGCAAGUAUGAUAACCAAGAUUCCCAUUCAGACGCAGUUUGUAGAAAAGCUAUGUUGGUUUUGCAAAAUAUUGCGGCGAAAGAAUAUUCUUGCCUAAUUCCUGUAAUUGUAGAAAUUCUAAAGACAUAUCAGAAUUUAUUGACACUGCGCUUCUCAAAUGAAGCUAUUCUGCUGAUGAAUGUUACCUGUAAAGGAGCUCAGCCACUUUGGUAUGUAGUUGGAGAAAGCUUUUUAGAGCUGCUGCCUUUCAUUAUGAAACUAGACUGUUGGGAAUUAAUGCUAGACGUUCUUGAACAUUUACUUAAUCCCAGCGAAAGAACCAUUUCUCAGCUCAGCAAAAUAAACUUACUCCCCCCCCCCCUCCGUGAGCGAACAAAAAAAUUUUGUUCGCUCACGGAGGGGGGGUUAAUUUUUUUUUUUAAAAAAAAAUUAUAUAUAAAUUUUAUAAAAAAUAUUUUUUUCGAAAUUUAAAAAAAUCCUAAUUUGCAAAAAUUGGGAAGCAAAUAUUAAUUUAAUUUGCAAAAUUUAUGUUUUAAAACGCAAUUUGUUUAAAAUUAAACAGAAUUAGCUCUAGAUUUCAUUAUACUAAUUAUCACUUUAUAUAUCAAAAUUUUUUUCCAUUAAAAUUUUUUCUAUUAAAAAAAUUUUUGUUCACUCACGGAGGGUGGGUUUUUGGUCAAAAAAAAUGGCGAUUUUUCUAAUGGUUUUGUUCGCUCACGGAGGGGGGGGGGGGGGUUAGAAGAAAUUGUCAGACUUGGUGAAUCCCUAGACAUAAAAAUAAUGGAAUUCGUCAAAAAAAGCAUGAUACCAGCCUCAAUGCAUCUGCAGCCACAAAUUCAAUGGAAGCUUGUAUCUUUAUUAGACGCGUGCUGCGAUAACUACUACAGAGCUUUCCAUUCUCAAGAAUUAUCAUUCCAAAACUCAUUGAGCUCUGUAUGCUUGUCUGGGCUAUUUGACUUAUCAAGAUCAAGACCAGCCACACAAGAAGAAGACGAGAAGAAAUCAGUCGCUGAAGAGCCUUUGAACUUAAAAAUAGCUAAAAGAAUUACUCCAGUUUUAAUUUCAAGAUGUAAAGAUUUGUUAAAAAGAUUUGCAAAUGAGGAAAGAAUGAUGGGGCAAAUGCCACUGCCGAAAGGAAGACUUGUUGAGCUCCUAGAAGUACUCCAAGCUCUUAAAAAGCUGGAAAUUCCACAAGGAGUUUUGUCACGUCCUGGUCCGAAGUCUCAUUUAAUUGAGCUCUUCCCACAGCUCUGUGAGCUUAUUACCGCGAAGGAAGCCGAAAUAAAAGAAGCAUUGAAACAGAUUUUCCUUGAAGUUGCAAGACAUAUGUAG